UAGACGCCACUGAAAUAGGUACCCACCUACUUUCGAUGACUCAAAAUUCAUAUAUAAAUAUUCCGGAAUCAUAGAUGGACAAUAUUCCGAAAAAUUAUGAACUUGUGUUAAAAACUGCGAGUCAUUGAAAUAAAGGGAUAAGCAUGUUUUUUUUCUACUAUUUCCUAACGGUUUUUUUGCCGUUCAUAUUGACCGAUGAUGAAUGCGGUGUUACUGUAACAAAAUGUGUAAACUCCAAAUACAGGACUAUCACUGGAGAAUGCACUAACUUGAAGAAUCCCAAUUGGGGCACCCCUCACUCCACGUACGACAGAUUAUCCCAACCCAGAUAUGGACCAGACGGUUCGAUCCGUAAAGCUGUUAACGGAAGCGAUUUACCCAAUGCUCGACUUGUUUCCCGAAUGGUUUAUCAGGAUGAUACUUUACCAGAAAAACACCUAACUAUGUCUGCGAUCGAAACAGGACAAUUCGUAGCGCAUGAUUUGAGUUUUAGUUAUGUCGUUGGAGACACUGAAGGAUGCUGCUCAGAAUCUCAACAAUGGCUAGAAAAAGAACCUCAAGAAUGCAGGAGCGUUAAAAUUCCUGAAGGUGAUCCAGUCUAUGAUCUCUACAACGUCACAUGCAUUUCCAAUUCCAGAACGUACACUAACAGAGAUUUUAAUUGCUCAACCAAUUUGAAAUAUGAUGAGCAGUUAUCAGAAACCAAUGCCUUUCUGGAUUUGUCUAUAAACUACGGAGUAUCGGAAGAAGACCACAAAACAUUGAGAGCUUACAAGGAUGGUAAAUUGAAAUUGGACGAAAGGAAUGGGCAAGAGUGGUUUCUUCAAUCAAAAACACGUACAGAGUGCCCCUUUUCACGUUCGACUGAUAGAUGUUAUCGAGCCGCCGAUUCAAGAGUAGAUCAAAAUCCUCUAUUAACGAUCGUUCAUUUGAUGUGGGCCAGAGAACACAACAGACUGGCUUCGAAGUUGAAAAGCCUAAAUCCCAAUUGGAACGACGAAAAAUUAUUUCAAACAGCUAGACAGAUUGCGAUAGCUGAGCACCAGUAUAUUUCUUACUACGAGUUACUACCUUUGUUUCUUGGUAGAGAAAACAUGUUGAAAAGCAAGAUUAUAUACGAAAAGCAGGGAUUUAUCAACGAUUACGAUGAAAAUAUGCGACCGCACGUUUUUAACGAACAAGCUCAAGGAGCUAUGAGGAGGUACCACACCAUGAUCCAAGGAGAAGUAGACUUGGUAAAUGAAGGAGGCUGCCCGUACAGGUACGCCAAUCUUCGGGACGUCGUAAACAAACCAAAUUGGCUGGAAGAGCGCGACAACUUAGACGGAAUCGUCAGAGGUAUGAAUACCCAACCGGCCAUCGCGCCUGACACUUUCGCGAAAAGAGAGAUUACUGCGUAUCUAUUUAUCAACAACAAACCGGUGGGUCUCGACCUUAUAACCAGGGAUCUCCAAAGGUCCAGAAUUCACGGAUUAGCUAGUUACAACGACAUAAGGGAAAAGUGCGGUUUCAAAAAAGCGGAGACCUUCGACGAUUUUUUGGAUCACAUAGAACCAAAAAAAGUUGAGCUAUUGAAGAAAUUAUACGACCAUCCAGAUAGCGUCGACUUGGUAGUGGGUGGUACAAUCGAGAAAGCCGAGGAAGGCACGAUGUCAGGACCGACGUACAAUUGCAUUAUGAUGAAGCAGUAUUACAGAACGAGGAAAAGUGACCGGCUAUGGUUCGAGAACAGCGAAUCCGGUUUAACAGAAAGACAACUAAGGGAAAUUAAAAAAGCCAGUAUGUCCAAGCUGUUCUGCGACAAUGUUGUCGGAGUAAAAACAAUGCAGAGGCACGGUUUCCUGCAAGUAUCCAAGAGGACUCUCUCAGGAGAAUGCACUAACUUGAAGAAUCCCAAUUGGGGCACCCCUCAGUCCACGUACGACAGAUUCGCCCAACCCAGAUAUGGACCAAACGGUACGAUCCGUAAAGCUGUAAACGGAAGCGAUUUACCCAAUGCUCGACUAGUUUCUAGAAUGGUUUAUGGAGAUAAUACUUUACCAGAAAAACGUUUAACUAUGUCCGCGAUAGAAACUGGACAAUUUUUAGGGCACGAUUUAAGUUUCACUUUUCUUGAUGGACAGUUAUAUAAAUGUUGCUCACCAUCCCAACAAGUGUUAGAGAAAGCCCCUCAAAGAUGCAGGAGCGUAAUAAUUCCCGAAAAUGAUCCAAGCUUCGAACUCUACAACGUCACAUGCAUUGCUAUUACCAGAACAUACACGAAUAGAGAUUUUAAUUGCUCAACCAAUUUGAAAUACGAUGAGCAGUUAUCCGAAACCAACGCCUUUCUCGAUUUGUCUUUAAUAUACGGACUGACGGAGGAAGACCACAAAACAUUAAGAGCUUACAAGGAUGGCGAUUCGAGAGUAGAUCAAAAUCCUCUAUUAACCAUCAUUCACUUGAUGUGGGCCAGAGAGCAUAAUAGACUGGCGUCGAAGUUGAAAAGCCUAAAUCCCAAUUGGAACGACGAAAAAUUAUUUCAAACAGCUAGACAGAUUGCGAUAGCUGAGCACCAGUAUAUUUCUUACUACGAGUUACUACCUUUGUAUUUAGGCAAAGAGAAUUUGUUGAAAAACAAGAUUAUAUACGAAAAGCGUGGAUUUAUCAACGAUUACGAUGAAAAUAUUAGACCGCACCUUUAUAACGAACACGCUCAAGGAGCUAUGAGGCGGUUCCACACUAUGAUCCAAGGGGAUGUAGACUUGGUAAAUGAAGAAGGCUGUCCGUACAGAAACGCUAAUCUUCGAGACCUCAUCAACAAACCACAUUGGCUGGAAGAGCGCGACAACAUAGACGGAAUCACCAGAGGUAUGAAUAACCAACCGGCAAUCGCGCCUGAUACAUUCACCAAAAAAGAGAUUUCUGCGUUUCUAUUUCUCAAAAACAUACCAGUAGGCUACGACCUUAUAAGCAUCGAUCUCCAAAGAUCCAGAAUUCACGGAUUGGCUACUUACAAUGACAUAAGGGAAAAGUGCGGUUUAAAAAAAGCUGAGACCUUCGACGACUUUUUGGAUCACAUAGAACCAAAAAAAGUUAAGCUUUUGAAGGAAUUAUACGACCAUCCAAAUAGCGUAGAUUUGUUAGUCGGUGGUACGAUGGAGAGAGUCGAGGAAGGUACGAUGGCAGGACCGACAUUCAAUUGCAUUAUGUUGAAGCAAUUCUACAAAACGAGGAAAAGUGAUCGGUUAUGGUUCGAGAACAGCCAAUCCGGUUUAACAGAAAGACAACUGAGGGAAAUUAGAAAAGCCAGCAUAUCCAAGCUGUUCUGCGAUAAUGCUGUCGGGGUAAAAACAAUGCAGAAGCACGGUUUCCUGCAAGUAUCCAAAAGGUAA